AUGCUGACUGGGCAGCAGCACGUGAAAGUUGCUCAGGACGGGAUUUGGCCAACUCUGCUGUCUGCCUUCCCUGGCCAAGGGUCAUCUGGCGUCACCUUUUCACAGGGGCCUGGGAUUUGAAGCCUGGCUUGAGGACCUGAGCCCCUUCCUGCAGUGGGAUCUCCUGUCCCUUCCCCUGAGCUCUGGGCUGCCACGUCCUUCACCCUCUCCUAUUGUUGGCUGAAGUUCUCCACCUCCUCUGCUGGUGGGGUGCUUGCAGAGUGUGAGGCAGGCUGUGCCCCGGCUGUCACAGCGAGAGCUGCUGCCAUGGCUCAGCCCAAGAGCACGGUGGUCCUUGCCUACAGCGGGGGCCUUGACACCUCCUGCAUUCUGGUGUGGCUGAAGGAGCAGGGCUAUGAUGUUGUUGCCUACCUGGCCAAUAUCGGGCAGAAGGAAGAUUUUGAGGCAGCACGAAAGAAAGCGCUGGCACUGGGGGCCAAGAAGGUUUACAUCGAGGACAUCAGCAGGGAGUUCGUGGAGGAGUUCAUCUGGCCAGCCGUGCAGGCCAACGCUCUCUACGAGGACCGGUACCUGCUGGGCACCGCACUGGCACGGCCCUGCAUCGCCCGCAAGCUGGUGGAGAUUGCCCAGAGGGAAGGAGCCCAGUUUGUUGCCCAUGGGGCCACCGGCAAGGGCAAUGACCAGGUUCGGUUUGAGCUCACCUGCUAUGCCCUGUGUCCCAACAUCAAGGUCAUUGCUCCAUGGAGGCUUCCUGAGUUUUACCAGCGCUUCCCCGGACGUCGUGAGCUGAUGGACUAUGCCAAGAAACAUGGGAUCCCAGUGCCUGUGACUCCCCAGACACCGUGGAGCAUGGAUGAAAACCUCAUGCACAUCAGCUACGAAGCCGGGAUCCUGGAGAACCCCAAGAAUCAGGCCCCCCCUGGGCUCUACACGAAGACCUGUGACCCGGCCACCUCUCCUGACACCCCAGACGUGCUGGAGAUCGAGUUUGAGGAGGGUGUCCCCGUGAAGGUCACCAAUACUGGGGAUGGAGCCACCCGUUGCUCGGCACUGGAGCUCUUCGUGUACCUGAACAACAUCGCGGGCAAGCAUGGCGUUGGGCGCAUUGACAUCGUGGAGAACCGCUUCAUCGGGAUGAAGUCCAGAG